UUGAAAGAAAGAGCUCGUGUUCGCCAUGGAUGAUUCUGGUUUCAGGUACUUCUACCAAACAAGGGAAGGUGAACUUGAGGGUGAUCAAAUCCCAGAAGACUACGAACUUGAAGUUGUUGACCCUGAUUUGCAGGGCCGAUUUCGUUGUUGCCAUGCUUUGAUCGAUCGGGAGCAACCUGAUUCCCUGCAAGUCGUUGCAAUAUUGGAGCAAAAACUGUUCCACCAAUGCUGUUACAUCCCGUCUGGGCAGCCCGUCCCGGAGUUGGUCCAGAUAAACUGUAGAUGUGACAUCUUGAACUUUACGGAAUCCUUACUGAGAGAUGAACGCAAUGCCAACCGAAGCAAGUUCCUGAUUAUUGUGAUGUUUGGACCAUUGACGGGAUGUGAUGAUGAUGCUGAGAUAGAGAUAGAGGAGGAGACAGAGACAGCGGAAGACACAAUGGAUGUGGAAGUUGGCUUUGUUCCCGCUAGUAAGUCCGCCAUUGAAGACUUGGAGAACGUUUCUGGUUUGGGCUGCAAUGACUGUGUGAUUUGCCUUGGAAAUUUUGCUACGGAAAAGGAAGCUAAGCGCAUGCCCUGUGGCCAUGUUUUCCAUGGAGGCUGCAUUGUUCGAUGGCAGGAGAAGAGUCACUUGUGUCCGCUGUGUCGCUAUGCCAUGCCACUUGAUAGAUGAAGAGUCUUUUUUUUUCUUUUUCCUUUUUUUAGGGGUAUGGAUAAA